GCACGUCCAACCUCAAUUAUCCCCCAAACCUUCAUAAACUUGGGUGAACAAACUCCAAUAUGAGGGGCAAACGAUCGAAGCAAUACAAAAAGCUCAUGCAACAGUAUGGGCUGAGCUUUGGAUUCCGCGAACCCUACCAAGUCCUCUUGGACGCAGACAUAAUCAAAGAUGCCGAUAGAUUUAAGAUGGAUCUCAUUGGGGGCCUGGAACGAACACUCCACGGACAAGUCAAGCCCAUGAUAACCCAAUGCUCAAUGCGACACCUAUACGCCGCUGCCAAAGAACCAGGCGUCUCCUUCCUCAUAGAUAAAGCAAAAACCUACGAGCGACGGCGGUGUGAUCACAGACCAGAAGACUAUCCUGAACCUCUCAGCACAAAAGACUGUCUCGCCUCAGUAGUGGACGCCAAAGGUAGCAAGACAAACAAACAUCGGUAUGUGGUUGCGAGCCAGGAACCCGAGGUCAGAAAAUUUAUGAGAGGUCUUUUGGGCGUGCCGCUGUGUUACAUUAAUCGCAGUGUGAUGAUUAUGGAGCCGAUGGCAGGGGCGACGGCUGAGAACAGGGAGAAAGAAGAGAGAGGGAAGUUUAGGGCUGGACUAAAGAGAGGAAGUGGGAGUCUGAAGAGGAAGAGGGAGGAUGAAGACGUGAAGGAAGAAUCGAGUGUUCAAGAGGAUAUGCCGAAGAGGAAGAAAGCCGUUAACGGACCAAAAGGACCGAAUCCAUUGGCUGUUAAGAAAUCCAAGAAAAAGCCGGAAGGACCAGCUACCACAUUUACUGAGGCCGAAAGCAAGGAUCUGAAGACUAAAGUAUUAAAGCUGGAGCAAGCCGAUGGAUCAGAACCCAUUCUCGCCAGUAUCAAAGGAAAACGCAAGAGGAAGCACAAGUCUGGGGAUAGUGGUAGAGCAGCUCCUGUUAAACCGGAGAUGGCUGAUGAGGAUGGUUAAGUUUGUAGGGAGGUCUGUUGAUAGCCUUGCCUUUCAUGUGAACUUUCGGAGUUAAUACCCAAUAAAGAGUGAAUGUUUGCUGAAAGGAUUCUCAAUAUUCACGUGGCCAUACGCAGUACGCUCUUAUUCUUAGAAGCUCAUGAAAUCAACAAAGCAGAUUGGCUGCCGGAAAGCAAAGCCCUGUCAGAUGAAGUUCAGCUCCAAC